UUUGCCAUCUCAGUUUAUAAAACUGGCGGCAAAAGACGCACGCUUUGAAAAUUCUGUGCUGCAAUUUAAUUUAAAAUUAAACUUAAUAGUGUUAAUAAUGUUGCGUGUAUUUUUGUGUAUUUGUUUGUGUGUUACGGUUGUAUUUGGACAGUUUGGUUUCUACCCGAAUGACCGUCGUAAUCGACAGCCAUACCAAUAUGGAUUUAGUGAAAAUAUUCUAAAUCCUAGAAGAAUUCAGCAGAAACUUAGUUCUAUACUCAGUUUCAAACCUGAAACGGAUAACAGCAACGCAGCCUUCAUCUAUCCAUUCAACAACCGACCUAUAUCCAAUAAUCCAUAUAAUAACUAUGAUAACAAUUAUUAUCAAUCCAGCAACGUGAGAUUUCCAACCCCGGGAGACAAUUUUAAACCAGCAUAUCCUGGUGACAAUACUUUUGGACCAGAUUAUAAAGAAGUACCAAAACAACCAAAUGGUCAGACAUUACAAGGCUUCACAACGAAUCCAUCUUUGGGUGAGACCCAAGAUGAGCCUAUCACCAAUAGGCCUAUUUUGAAUUAUGGAACUACGCAAAAUAUUAAUUACGAUGAAGUUUACAAGCCAGGCUUUUCAAAUCACAGCAGUGGUCUUAUAAUGGGUAGUGUAUUAAAUAAACCAGUGUUUGGAAGUUUUAUAACACCAGAUUCAGCUACAAACUUUGAUACCAGUGCUAAGCCUUCUUUUGAAGACAGAAACGGCGAAGAACAGACAACCCUACCAACAUUGACACCUGUGCCCCCGUCAGAUGCAAGACAAAACAUGAAUUUUGGACCAGCUGGAAUAUUUAAGAACACAUGUGAGACGGUGGAUGGCGGAGUCGGAAAUUGCAUAAAGAUACAAGAGUGCGACGUCUACUAUAAGCUGCUGAAGGAUUCUCGGGAUAAGACGGUUGUAAACAUCUUAAGAAAAUCGCAAUGCGGCUUUGAAGGACAAAAUCCGAAGGUAUGCUGUCCCUUACCCGGUAUACCAGACCAGCCACCAGCUCCACAAACCACAACAGUUGCUCCUACGCCUCAAGCAAAGUCCGUAGACACAGAUGGCUUGACACCAGUGACGUCACUUCCGGAACCGCCAGUUUGUGGUGUGAGCGAAGCAUCGUUCAGUCGAGUUGUUAAUGGCGUUCCUGCUAAACUUGGUGACUUUCCCUGGAUGGCACUCCUGGGAUACCACGACAGCCGCGGAGGGCCUGAAACCAGGUGGAAAUGUGGAGGUUCUUUGGUGACUCAACACCACGUUUUCACAGCUGCCCAUUGCAUACAUGGCCAUGAAGAAUCGCUGUAUGUAGUGCGUCUAGGAGAGUUGGAUCUAGCAAGUGAAAACGAUGGAGCAGCACCAAUAGAUGUGCUAAUCAAAUCAAAGAUCAAACAUGAGAAUUACGACUCAUCAGCCUAUACAAAUGACGUCGCUUUACUCAUUUUAGACAAGGACGUACAGUUUACCAAACUAAUAAAACCAAUCUGCAUCCCUCAAAAUCAGAAAUUACGAUCUCUCACCUUUGAGAAGUACAACCCUCUUAUAGCAGGAUGGGGGGAUGUUUCGUACCGCGGUCCCUCGGCAUCCCAUCUCCAAGUAGCCCAGGUACCUGUAGUAAGUAACGCAGCGUGCAAAGAAACGUACAAACCGUACAAAAAGCAGGUGAUAGAUGAAAGAGUGUUGUGUGCCGGUUGGAAGGAUGGAAGACAGGAUGCCUGUCAGGGUGACAGUGGAGGACCCCUGAUGCAGCCUAUUUGGAACUCGGAAACCUACCAGACAUUCUUCUACCAAAUCGGCAUAGUUUCCUUUGGAAAUAAAUGCGCUGAGCCCGGAUUCCCCGGAGUCUACACACGAGUCACACACUUUGUUCCAUGGCUAGAAGAGAAGAUAAUCGGAUCUUAAUAUAUAUCCAUCCAACUAUAGCUACAUAACGACCGAAUUUCUGGAAUUAUAGCGCAUAUUAUUAUCUUUUAUAUCUGGCUGCUGGAAGCUGGAAAACGCUUUGGUUUGCAUUUUGAACAAGAAACAGUAUUGAAUUUCAUUAUCAUAAAUCUACAAUAACUAUUAAUUAAUACUACUGGUACUACCACUAGUUAUCUAUAAUGAUGACUAAUCAUAUUAUUGUUUUAUAAAUGUUUGUGGUUAUUGUUUUUUUUUGAAUAAGUAAAUGGACAAAUUCUCGAUUGGUAAAAUUUCCCGAAUGUAUUUUAGUACGAAACAUUGUUAAAAUGGCGUUCGUUUAUAUAUUACUGCGGACCACUGAGACCUUAUUGUAUUUAUUUUUGCACACAAUAUUGCAUAUAGGUAAGAUAUAGAAAUGUAAAAAAUUGAAAAUUCUAAUUUAUGUGAAGUGAUAAUGUACAAUGUACAUAAACAGAAAUAUUUUUAGAUAUUAAAAGUAUUAAAAUAGAUUUUUAAAAGUCUAAAAUAAAAUUUAAAUAUCUGUUACAAAUCUGUAUAAUUAUAACACAUUGGUAUAAUUGCCCUUGUAUGGCCCAACAUGAGUUAAAAGAAAUAAUUUUUGUAUCUACAUUUUUUUUAUUGUUUUUAAAUAUCAAAACAAAGGAUACUAAGCAAACUUUCAUUGAGCGUUUGACAGUUCUUACGUUCGCGUGACUUAAGAAAUAUUUAACUCUUAAAUUAAACUGGGUUAAAGAAAGAUCCUUUUAUGUGAGCUCUUAUAAUAGUUCAUAAGGUUGUGUAUUAAAUUAUUAUGAAUAGUUUGUGAUAUUAGUGUAUAUUUAUGUUACUUACUCAGUGUCAUUCGUUCUGAUUUAUCAAUUAAAAAUUAUCAAAUAUCAGAAAGUUCACAAAAAUCCAAUUGGAACAGUCAGUUGCGAAAUCCAAAUAUUUAUUCUUAAACAAGUAAAACUUAUAGCAUAAACCACAUUGGUUUUAAUUAUAUUUUAAUAACUUACUCGACUUAAUAUCAUAUAGCCCCUAAAUGGGGCAGAAAGCGUCUUCAGUAAGUCUCCAUCGCGUUCGGUCUUGAGCCUCGUACCUACAAAUCUUUCCAGCUCUCUUUGCCUCAUCUGUAGGUGUACGACGCUUUUACUUGGGACCACCACGCUUUCCCCUCUUUGCGGGUUCCAAUCAAGCGCCUGCUUGGGGAUGUAAUUGGAAUAUAUGCCCAUAUAUGCUAUGUUUAUUAUUUAAAUUCGAUGACUUCAAAUUGACUGUAUAAAGAUUAAACAAAUUUUAUUGUAAUGGCACAACAGUAUUUAAAACAAAUCGAGUGAAAUAUUCAGCAUUUCGAAUGUCCAAGAUUGAAAUGAAUUAGAUUAGUAGUAUACCUAUUCAUACUCAGAUAUUUUAUACAAACAUUAAUAGCUGGUUGUUAUUAAUAACUCAUUAUGGCAAUAAAAGAUUUUGUAUGUU